UCGAAUGAUCUGUUUAUCAACCACAAAUCCUCGCGCUCAGUUGCUGGAGGUGUUUUGUAAUCUCGCGCAACUGCUGGACGAGGACAGCGCGCGCACUGAAGUUAUCACCGGUCUAAUGGGGAUGAUUUUCUUGGAAGACUCCAGGGACGAAUUUCUCUAGCGUGACCAGUGUUUCCUUAAAUUUCAGAUCUCCAAGAACUUUCCAUAGUGAUCCACAAGUAACUCGCCAUCAUGGGUGAUGUGAUUUCGUCCAAUUUGGACGAGGGCAAGCGCGAGAUGAUCUCAGCCCGCACCAGAGCCAUCAUGAAGGAGUUCGGCACGAUUUAUGAGCAUCAGUAUGCUGUGGCUCUCUUCAACAGCGUGAGAUAUGAGAUUGAAGGUGGCGGGACCCCCCAGACACAACUAUUACACAGAAAGGACCCUCUGAAAAACAAGUCCAUUUUCUCUGGUGGUCUCUUUCAAUAUCUGGAGGAGAGCAAGAAAUGGAGGAGUCGGUUUUUGUACGUGGGCGACACAUAUAACAUCGGCCUGUACGAGAGCAAGGCAGCACAUGAACGAGGUCUCCACAGCAAAGGGGUCAUUAAGUGUGCCGGGUAUAAAGCCUUGACCUCGAUGGAGGAAUACUUGGGGCUCUUGAACAACAGCCCGAGUGAUGCAAAGGCCAAAGCCGGCACCGCCCCAUUCCUGAAGUGUCCUACACAGUAUCCCCUCAUUCUGUGGCAUCCGUACGCCCGCCAUCACUACUUCUGCGUCAUGACAGAGAAAGAACAGAAGAAGUGGCAUGCCGUCUUCCAGGAUUGUGUGAGACACACCAACAACGGACUGUCGGAAGAGUGCAAGGUCUCGACGCCAGCGUUCACCGACGCCCUUCGGCUGUACAGACAGGCCAAGGGUCACUAUGGCACCUGGGAUAUGAUGUGUGGCAAUCCGCCACAGAUUCUUGCUAACCUUGUGAUGGAGACUCUGCACCCGGAGCUGCGGACUUUGAUCGUACCCCGUCUGAAAGGGAAACUACAGCAGAGACAGAAGGACUGGAUGCUGAUCUCAGAUGCAGUGUACAGACAGGUGCUGUCACAGACUCAAACUCAGUAUGAAGCUCUGGUGCAGGCGUGUGAGGUGGAGCGCCCCCGCCUGGACGCUGCACUGCGCACCGACAUGGACCAAAUCAUCACAUCCAAAGAGCAUGUUACAGGAAAGAUCCGGGCUGUGGUGUUGCCCCGUGCUGAACAACUUCUGAGGAGCAACGUUCAGCCCUACAUCAACUCCAUUCUGGAGGCCCUCAUGGAGCCCACCAGCAGAGGAUUCUCUGAAGUGAGAGACAUCCUCUUCCGGGAGCUGGUGGAGGUCACCAAGAACACAGUGAAUGACAGCAGCAAAGAGAAACUGGGAGAGCACAUGGAGAAGAUUUCCAUGCUGGCCUUCCACCCUGUGAAGAUGCAGACCUGUUAUGAGAAGAUGGAGAUGUUGAACCUGGAGGGGCUCCAGCAAAGAUUCGACAUUUCCAGCCCGUCUGUGUUCAUCCAGAGAGCUCAGAUCCUUAUGAGACAGCAAAUGGACAAUGCAGUGCACACGUUUGAACAGCUGGUGCGUCAGAGUGCGGAGGAACACAGUGGAGAAGAUCUGUGCAAGACCCUGCAACGCUCUCAGGACCGAGUGCUUAAAAAAUAUGACUAUGACAGCAGCUCGGUGAGAAAGAAGUUCUUUAGGGAGGCACUGCUACAGAUCAUCAUACCAUACAUGCUAAAACAACUCUCUCCAUCCUGUUCACCGGAUUUGCCUAGAUUCAAAGAGCUCAUCUUUGAGGACUUCUCUAGAUUUAUACUAGUAGAGAGCAUCUUUGAGGAAGUGGUUCUCCAGUCUGUGACCAAAGAUAUCAUGAUGGCUGUAAAAGAGGCUGCAGUCCAGAGAAGACACAACCUGUACAGGGACAGCAUGGUUCUGACCAACAGUGACCCCAACCUGCAUCUGCUGGGAGACGACACCAUCGACUGGGCUGGUCAGUUUGGAGGGGUUAAAGGCGAGAGGCAGGGAGGUGAAGCGGGCAACAGGAGACGCAAACAGAUAGUCUCCAUGAUCCAUCUGGAAGGACUGCCUCCACUGCCCUACGAGUCUUGUCUGGAAGUGCCAGGUGUUGAUAAUAUCCCAGAGGAGAACGAGGGACAAGAUGUGGCAUCAGAGAAACCAGAAUCUCCAGAACCGGAGGAACGCGGGAUCUUGAAAACAGACCCGGGGUCUCCUGACAGCAUAGACCAAAUCCGUCAUCUCAUCAACCCUGUGCUAGAGGUUGUCGUCCCUGCUUCUGAAGAAGAUGGCUCAGAGUUAACCAAUGGGGUGUUGCCUUUGGAGCAGGGUGAUGAUGUGAAGUAUAUCACCACGGAAAAAGAAACGAUGCCAAGGCAGUCACCUACAAAAGGUUUAAGUGUGACCGAUGAAACAUCAGACGUGACAGGUCAGAGUUCAGACACAGACCUUUUAGAAGACCAGCAAACCAUUUCUGCCAUCGAGAGCGCCAUUCAACAGAUCGAGAUCGCCGUUCAGGAAGAUUCUGAUGGAGAAUUCCCCCAAACAUCUUCUAACUCCAGCCAAAAUCACCAUGAUGACAGUGGCUUUCAAUCUCCAGCCAAUGAGAACGUAGAGGAAGGAGGAGAGCCUCAGCCAAUCACAGUGGACACAGAGCAGGUGACUUUAACUCUGGUGGAGGGAGUGAUUUAGCUUUUCUGAUGCGUGAAAAGAAAUGGAAAACCACAAGAUGCUUUGAGGGAGAUUCGCAAACCAAACAGAGCGGAAACAUGUUAUAAACUCAUCACAUCUGCAAAGACACUUGUAACAUUUUAUGGUUGUUUUAUUUUAUUGUUUUGGGGAUGUUAUUGUACAAUGCGUGUGUGUAUAUAUAUUGUCAUAUAUGUGCCUUUUGUAUUUUUAACUCGUGACUCCCACACUAAUUCUUAUUUGUGGCAGAUAUUGCAAUAUGAACUGUCAUCGGUUGUUUUUCUGUUCCUGUGCUUUUCAGCUACGUUUUAGCACAAAUCUUCACAUUUGGUUACAGGUGACAUAGCCACAGCAUCCCUUUGCGCGGGGGUUAGUAUUAUUCAUGUUACUGUCAGGAGAUGCCUGCGCUAAUGCAGAUGUUUAAAUCUAAACUCCACCUUGUACUCAUACGUACAGUAAAGUGGCUUUAUGCAUUAGACAGGCUCUCUGAGUUGCAGAAAACUACAUUGAUAUUUUAUCCGGGUAAACUGAAACUUUACAUCAAAGGUUUUUUUUUAAUUCUGUGGAGUAUAUUUAAACACUAAUGUAUUAAUGCAGCAUAAUUGAGCACUUACAAAAUGAUUAUGCAAAUGCAUUUAUUAUAAUAAAUUAAAUAUUGCUUUUAAUGUUUGUAGUUAUCAGAAAUGCAGAAUAAACGAAAUGACUUCAUUAGAAAGCAUACAAUACAAGUGUGUGUUUAGUGCUCACAGACAUGACAGCGUGAGAGGAUGAAAAUACUGUUACUCGGCUGCAGGUAGAGUUUGAGCUUGUUCAUACUGAGGUCAGAGGAUUGGGGUUAUUACAGCUUUUAGUUGGUUUCAUUAUAAGCCUGAACAGUCAGCAGUACAGCUGACAUGCCUGCAUAUAAGGAACUCAGUAAUAGUUGAACAUCAGGUCAGGUGAGCAAAACUGCUCUGGGAUUUUUGACAAGUUAUUAAUGGACAUAUUUAUGUUGCCAUGUUUUAAACGGACACAUUUCUGCUGAUUUAUACAAACAUAUUUUAUCUCCACAGACAUAGUUCACUGGUAAUAUCUUUUAUUUAUUUUAAGUGUGUUCAAUGUUAUAUUAUUUUCUAAAGCCUGUCAUUUCUUUGUAUGGCUGCAGUGGAUUAAUGAAUGACAAAUUAUUUUAAAAUGGUAUGUGUGUGUAUAAAUCUAUUCAAACAUUAAAAUGCCUAAAACACAAUAGCCUAAACUCGUAUGUUAGUAUAAAAAAGACUAGAUUCUUACAAACAUCUGUGUGUUUUUGUUAGGUUAGGAGUUUUCCUUUUUUUGUCAUUUGAACCCCUUUGACCGAAAUGUUUUACUUGGGGGCGGUUUCCUGGACAGGACAUAAUCCUAGUCCCAGACUAAUUUAAAUGUUAGAGUUGUCUUAAUCGAAAACAAUUUGCACUGACAUGUCUUAAAAUAUAUCAGUGUGAUUGUUUUGUCUCGAGAUGCCCACUAGUAAUGUUUUUUUUGUAAAGUAUGUUUUUAAAAGCUACUUAAAUAUCCCAAUUUAACCAAGCACUAGUCCCGUUUUAAACUAAUCCCUGUCCGGGAAACCGCCCCUAUAAAUGCGAUCAUUUUUGUAUUUUGACGCAUUUCCGAGUAAAAUGGAAUUUUUAAUGAGAAAAAUACUGGCCGUGGGUUUCAUCUUUCUCUGCGAUUUGAUUGGAUGUAUAAAACAGCCGUUGCAUUUUGAAAUGGUACUGGCAGCAGACUGACAGUUAAAGGGGAGGAGUUAACGGAUGCUCCGCCCAAGCCGUCUAACGUACGUCAUUUAAGAUGGAUAGUCAUUACAGGACAGAAGUGCAUUUUCAGAUUUUAACUAAAGAUUAUGAGGGCACACGAUUUUUAAAAACAUAAUGACCCACAUUAAUAAACUAUUUACAACAAACGCUGUAUGAAAUGAAAUGUAAUGAAAAAUAGGCAUUGAAUUAAUAUUGAAUGAAGUACCCCUGAGAUUGUAAAUAUUUUGAUCAUUUAAUGGCACAUUUGCAUGUUUAACUUACUUUUUUUGAGUUUUAUCAGUAGUGUUUACUUAACUAUUUGUUAUUGUUAAACAUUUCUUUGCCAUUUAACUUUUUUCAAAAAGCACAACUUUCCCGUUUGGGAAACCCUGGUUUAGCUUAUUGACCAAAUAUUAAAUCCUCUUUUUCACUUUGAAGUCACUUUGGACAAAAAAAGCCUGUUAAAUGAAUAAAUGUAAUGUAAAAUGUGCACACACUGCCUAGAUAUUUCCUUGUAAAGUGCUAUGACUUUGCAUAAUAAUGCUGAGACCAUGAUUACAAACAAUAUACUAUUUUAAUACAUUUUGCAGUAAAACACAUCUCACCUAAAACACUGAGUUUUUACACGCAAGCCAUGAAUGCAAAAACAAUGUCUGACAAAAAAAUAAUGUCUCAUGUUAUUAAUAGUGAGGUUCAAUCAAAGUGGCAAGGUUUUGUAGGUGUAAUAUUGUCUUCAAACAAUGAAAUAAAAAAUCUCACAUUCAAUCA